GCCAACACUGUGGGCAUAUGUUGAACAGCCAUUUUUCAUCUUUAAUUUUUCAAGUGAUGGUUUUGAUUUAGCGCAUUUUUGCUGGUAUUAAUAAUGAACUGAGAACGAUAACGACUAAAGCCGAGAGCCGAAUCUAUUUUAGCGCAAUGCUAAUUUAAUGGACGCUUUAAAAUACACUGAAUGCUGUGUAAUCGGCACCUGAAAAUGUGUGCCGUGGUGCGUGUGGAAAAGUACGAAUGUGUUCAGACAGACCGAAUACAAAAGGGCCGCUUCCAGAGCUCCGUAUGUGUGUAGGUCUUGAGUGUCAGUGUAUUGCCAGUGGCGGGCAACAACAAAUUGAUUGAAAAAGGCGCCAGAUUGCGGGUUGCUCGUGCUAAUUAACAAAAAUCGAGCAGAAGAUUAUAACCCAAAACUGAAAACCGAAAAACGAGAAGAGUUAGCAAAAGCCGGCAACUUCUUCAGCGCGGAUUGUGAAGAAUCGGCCCUUAAAACGCCCACACAUACACACCCGCAACAACACAUUAGCACCCACGAUGAUGAACAACCAUUUCCACUUGCAACAUGAACACCAGCCGCCACUGCCGCUGCCAACAAAUGUGCCACAUCCGUACUUGCAGCAGCCGCCGGCCCUCCCGGUAUCGAUGUCUGGCUCCGCAGCUGGACCAACUCCCGCCACCUAUGGCUACAUACCGUCGUCGGUUCCUGGCCGUCAGCCACAGUGGAUGACCACUUACCAGUUCCUGCCGCAGGCUCCGUCUACACAUCCCAGCACUAUUCAGAUCACCAAUAGCUUUGCGCAGCAGGCCACGCCAACGAAGCAACAGGCGACUUCGGCAUUGGCCAGCUCCUCAGGGCCUAGUCCCUACAAGGGGAACAAUAUACGCAUCAUCUCGACCGCGCCGAAUGUCUACAGUCUGAACAAGUCGCCGCAGGAUCAGCAUCCGAUGUAUGCGCCUGUUCAGUCCUACUUUCUUCCAGGUGCUGGAAAUCCGACAGCAGGUCAGCUUGAUCUAAUGGGGGCCGGCGGACGGGCUAAGCAUCUACAGCAGCCACCGCCGUUGGUGCCCGUGAGCAACUCAUCCACACCAGCGUCGACUGUGUUGCUGGACCGGAUCAAUAUUUGCAUCAAUAACCACUACAGUGAGGCGCCGGGCUCUUUAAGCUCAUCAUCAUCCCGAAGCACGGCCCAGCUGCCGUCGCCCAUCAUCCCGGCCAUCCAGCACAAGGCCAUCCUGCCUCUCAUCGACAGCAGCACGGCGGACAGCAGCAGCUGCAGCAGUAGCUCCGUGUCCAGCAGCAGCUAUGCCAGUGGGACGACCCCCUCAACCGCUGUUGUAAUUGUGGAUGAGCCGGAUUCCACGACCACGACACCGCAAACGCCGCCAACCACACCUGAGACGAUGAGCUCGCCCAGCAAAUCGUCGCCCUCGCCACCGCCCCUGCCGACACACACCCAGUCGCUGCUCAAGACCGUUAGCCAAAUGAAGCCGAGCUUCAAGGCCAAGGAAGUAGAUCUGCCGACGCCACCGACUCCUCCGACACCGCCGACGCCCCCAGCUCCUCCUGCUCCAGCGUCCGCUUCUCCGGCUGUCACCUACGCCCUGCAGGAGGACGUCUUUAUUAAGUGCAACGACGGUAGGUUCUACCUGGGCACCAUUAUCGAGCAGACUACGGAGCAGUUUCGCAUCCGGUUUGACGACCAAUCCGAGCAAUGGUGUAAGCCGGACAAGUUGCGGAAACUGGGCGGCAGUAGCUCCUCAAAUAGCGGCGCCGCCGGUGGUGGCGGCGGAUCCAGUACGGAUGGCUCGAAUACCUCUGUCAGUGGACCCAUGUGUGUGGCCUGCAAGCGAUCGGACAUCGAAGAUGUGGUGGAAAUAUGUGAGCGUUGCGGACGUGGCUACCACCGCGGAUGCACUGUCGAAAUCGUAAUGGGAAGCGGUAUUUGGAGCUGCAAGCGCUGCGCGAAACCCAUGAAAAUGCAACAGCCGCUUAACCAUGAGAUAACGAAGCCAGCAGGGAUUUGCCGACAGUUACCCUACCAUGCGGAUAAACUCAGCUGGGAUGAGAAGCAUCGGGUUAACGAAGAGCAGAUCUACUGCUAUUGCGGCAAGCCGGGAAAGUUCGACCACAACAUGCUGCAGUGCUGCAAAUGCCGCAACUGGUUCCACACCCAGUGUAUGCAGAACUUUAAGAGGAAACUGCUGCGCGGCGACACGUUCUUUGUAUUCUGUUGCACGGUGUGCAAUCAGGGUGUGGAGUAUGUGCGGCGCCUGCAGAUCGACUGGGUAGACGUGCUCCACAUUGCGCUGUACAAUUUGCGCAAGCAUCAGCACCAGAAGUACCAUCAUCUGCUGAAGGACAUUUGGCCCUUCAUACUCGAGCAACGCCACCAGUUACCAAUUUGCGAGCAAUGGCGCGCUCUUCCCGAAACUGCCUUGAUGGAGCGGAUCAAGCAGACGCUGAAAGACUACUCCGAAAGAUUCGUUUGCGGCCGGGAGUUCAAGAGAGCACCGGCCUUCUAUGCGUUGCGGCAUAGUGGCCCGCCACUCACACCCAAGGUAUUCCUGCAGCCACAAGAGGAACUGUCUGACGAGUUGCUGGAGAAAAAGUUCAAGUUAAUGUUGAUGCCAGCGGAAGAUGUGAAAUCAAGUUGUGGCAGUGAGCCUCCAAGGAGGGCGCCCAAAGAUGUGUAUGAGUUCAACACCGAUGAGGACGAGGCAUUGGAGACCAGUGAGGACGAGAUUCCCAUCAAACAGCUCAUUGAGAAAACGAACAAGAAAGUUGAUGAGCACGAUGAGUUAAAGCUGCAGAAGGCAGAGUCGGAGCCGGUCGCGGCGAGAACACUUGACCUGGCUGACGACAAUGCCAACGAUGGCGAUCCCGGCAAACUGCCAGCACCCAUUCUUCCGGUCCUGGACGCCAACAGCAGUCGAAAGCGAAAGGCAUUCCGCUUGUCGAAACGCUACGACAACAGCCGCAACCACUGUGAUCUAUCAUCCGAUGAGAACUCGAGCAGCAGUCGGGGCACCAGCUCGCUGGACCUCAUCAUACCCCCGCCGGCCAACUUUCUCGGUCGGAACAACCCCUUUUUAAUGGCCACGCCAAAGAAAUCUACGCUGGCCAAAAGUAUGGGUGUGGGGACCACCGUUGGAGUGACUGGGCUCAUCAAUAGCAUUUUCAAGCUUAAGGGCAACGCCAAGGAGCAGCCGCGUAUGGUACGCACAAUCAAGCGAAGACUGAGUGCCAAAGACAUAACCAUUGGCCCCAAUCAAGAGGUGCGAAGGCGCCGGACACGUCGCCUCACCACGUCCAUUGAGGUCAUCAGCACCACAACAAUUAAUCCCAUACCAAGCCACUACCUUCCCCUCUAUGCCAAAGAUCUGCAGCCGCCAGCGCCUGCGAUUGUGCCGCCUAUGGGAAAGCCGACGCACGGACGUCUGCUGCGCCAGCGUCCACAAAAGCUGUCGCCCAGCCAGAGUAGGCGCAACUCCAUCAGUUCGACUGCAACCAACAGCAGCAGCAGUAACGGCGGCAGCGGCGGCGCAGCCACAGUACAUUCCAUGCUGGAUUUGAAGCAAUCGGUGAACAAGUAUUUCGGCGGCGCAAUGAACAGGAUAGAGGCCGGAGAAUCUUUUGCCAUCCGGGCAAAGCGGCGGAUGGGAAAUGGGCAGGUUCAGUACCUGGUGGAGUGGGGAGGGGAUGCCGCGGCCACUCCAAUCGGAGCUGCUUCAACUACAAACUAGACUCUUUGGCACAUUUACUCAUAUGUUUACUUUUUUUAUAAUUAUUUUCAUUAUUAUCAUUUACAUGCUUUUUAUUUUUUAAUCAAUUUUCGCUGCCCGAUCUUGGCCCCUUUAAUUGUUACUGUUUAAAAAAAGAAGAGUUGAUUACCAAUUCACUGCCAAAAUAGUAAAAGAAUGUUUAAAAUGAAUGAUUAGUUCGGCAUUAAAACUAUGAAAAGUCCAAAUGCAAUAGGCAAAACCGCAACUGAAUACAGGUUAUAUUGUGCAAUGGCAGUUUAUUGUUGCAGCAGAAAAAAUCGUAUGAAAUUUUCCACAAAUUUGGCAAAAGUAUUAAAUAUUUAAUCCGAAAGCCUACUAUGUAACAUUCGAUGCUGAACGAAAACGUAUUAAAUAAUGUCUAUUAAAGAAGUGAAGAGAAAUUCAAUUAAGUUCAA